UGAAGGCAGUUUUGCUCAGCACCAAUAACCCUGCAGUCUGAACAGAAAGCCGGCAAGAGAUAAGAACCAUGCCAUCGCUGUGCAGCAUUCCCGGAUGCGAAUCGGGCGAGACCGCCAAAGCAAAGGAAUCCGUUGAAAACGAUGUUGCAUUCGAGGAAACCAAAACGGGAGAAUCGAACAACAAAGACGCCAUUCCGACAUCCGCGAACCACCCAUUAUCCGAUCACAUUGCUUCGGUCGAUGGAGAAGGUCCGGAAGAUACAGGAAUUACCACACCUGAAUCCGAACCUGCAUCCAAUCACAAGAAGCGUCGAGUAACACCCGGGAGCGAUUGCGGAAGCAAACAAAAGCAGCAAAGGAAGAUAAACCAAAUGACUCUGUCGUCCUUUUUCAACAAGGGAUCCAUUCCUACGCCUUCCAAGAAGAAGAAAAAGGCGGCAACAGCAUCUACGAAUCAAGAGAACAAUGGUGUAGCGUCUGGUUCGUCACCUAAAGAAAGAGAAGCUAGCGCCAAUUCGAGUUCUCCUUCGACCAAAUUGGCAAAGGAAACGAAGAUGGAAAUCGAAAUCAUCACUGUCGACAGCGAUGACGACAAAGUGCAAGGGAAAAGCCCAGCUUCGAACCCGAUAUCGCCUUCUAAGAAAGCACCGUUAGCAGUAGAAGGGACCAGUCUUUCUUCCGACAACGAGAAAACCGGAACAGCUAGUCAGAGAGCGCCCGUGAACGACAAGAAAGCAAACAAAGGAGACAAAAGCUCUUCCCAAAUCAUGGUUGGUGGGUCGCCUCGGUCGAAAACUGUAAUCUGUAAACCUUCGUCACCUACGAACUCUCUGAGUGUUCUAGAAUCGGCGUCUGGCACCCCUGCCGCAAUUUCCGCUAUUCCCAUCAAGAGGAAAAGCAACAGAAAGGUGAAGACCAAAACCAAAUCACCCGAUCCAUCCACGUGUCCCUCCCUAGCUGUUGUCAAAAAAAAACUAUCAGAAAAAGACUUGACGAAAGAACGGCUUGCAUUGUUACGAAAGUACACAUCAAUGAAGGAGAUGUACUUGAAACGCGCCAAUGAGAUUGUCGGUCAACACAGAGACGGGUUGAAGGGAGAAAAAAUUGAAAGCGUCAAUCUCGAACCCAUCACGGAUGGCACAGAGUUGCAAACAAAGGAGUCGAAGCUAUGCGAAGACUUCCCGACGCAAGUUGUGGCCAACAUGGCUCUGAUCAUUGAGGGAAGGUAAGUCGGAAUCAGAACUCGGUGGGGUAAGAUCUGGGUUGGACGGAAUGAAACUUGCAUCAAUAUUCUAACUUUCGGAUUGCUUUUGUUCACGUUGCUGUCGUUCCCAGUGAUCUCCCGCUAUCGAGACUAGUUUCAAAGGUGUGUUCUGAGUUGAAAGAUGUCCAUGGAGUCGAAUGGUUGGAGGAAUCGGUAACCGCGAAGGUCAAACUUUUGUCGAAACGCAAGGCAUACCUAGACCCAAUGAAAAGGUGUACAAAGGCGGUUGAUUUGUUCGAAGACGACGAUCAAGAUCGUCUUUGGAGGUGGGAAGUGAUGACACUCGACUUGUUGCCUUCUGACUUUACUUCCAAGGUUCGCAAAGUAAGGACUGCUCGCAAGAAGGUCUCGACGCAUCACUCUGCCCUUUUGAAGCUUGUCAAGUCUCUGGAAGAAACCAAGAAACUUAUAUUGGAUCCUGAGCUUCCGAAGUUAGAAAGUGCGAAGGCCAAGAUUAGCCGAGACGAGGAAAAGGUUCUCAAAUUUGAGCGUGAUGCCGAGAAGGUGCGAUUGGCGGACGAAGCAAAGGCGAGAAAACUCCUCGAACAGGAAGCGAAGAAAAGAGCAAAAGAGGAAGCACUGGAAGCCAAAAAACGGGCGAAAGAACAAGCUCUGGAGGAAAAAAAGCGGAAAAAGGAAGAGGCAGCUAAAGCGAGGGAGGAAGAUAAACGAAAGAAAGAAGAAGAAAAGUUGCUGAAAGAGAAGGAAAAGAAGCUAGAAGAAACGAAAAAGCUCCAAACAGUGACCAAGCAAAAAGCUAGCUUUCGAUCAUUUUUCGCCGCCGCACCGAAAAAAGUGACAAAUGAUCAACACAAGAAAGCACUCAACACUUGCAUAGAUCUGACUUGUGACUCCUUUGAUGCGGAUUCAUUCCGUGCAAAACUCGAUGCUUCGGAUGACGCCUUGCCCUUUGCAUUGAAAGAGAACAAACGAUCGGCUACUGCAAUGGCUUCUCGCAAACGUCGCACAAAACCGGUUGCUGUCUCGGUGUAUAAAACUGUAGAAGCAGAUAAAACCGAGUGGGGUGCAUCCGAUUACCUUGAGCAAACAACAAUCGAAGUUCCGAACAGAUACCGAUUUUUAAGUUUCCAUGAGGACUGCCGUCCGCCGUAUCGGGGGAGCUGGAGUAAAAAGAGUUCAAUUGUCACCGGGAAGACACCCUUUCGGAAGGAUGUUGCUAUCUUUGACUACGAGUAUGAUAGUGAAGCAGAAUGGGAGGAGGGCGACGACGAAUUGGGAGAAAACGUCGACGAUGACUCUAAAAAUGGCGAAGAUGAGGCCGAUCUUGAAGGGAACGCUAAGGUGUACGACUUUGAGGAUGGCUUUUGCGUUGCAGAUGAUCGGUUACUCGAUAAUGAAGAAGAUGCCGACGAGGAGACAAAAGCCUUGUAUAAGAAAAAGAUGCAAGACCGUGCACACGAGGAACAACAACAAUUACAUUCCAAUCGUAUCCGCAUCAUCGCACCGUGUUUUGGAGGCAUACCAUUACAUUUGAAGAAAGAAGAUUGUACGAGCAGUGACUGUCUAGAAGGUUUUCAAAUCGAUAAAGCAACAGAUACACUUUCCUCGUACAAGGGAAUUCAACUUUCCAACGUGAUGUUAUGCGUGGAUGCAUUCCCGCAAUUGUACACAAACCAAGAGAAUCGCCCGGAGUCGAAUACGAACGGGGAUACAAACAAAGAUGACUAUUCAAACGAAGCUAUGAUAGCAAUGGUGCGAUUCACCCAUCACUCAACUCUUACUUCGAAAGACAAAGUUAUUGAAGAGCUGCGUGCCUCCAGCCCGACUCUGUUCUCAAAUCGGGCAAAGGCAACACGCAAACUCGAUGCGAUCGCCGUAAAGAAGAAGCAUCCGAAAUACUCUGGAGUGUACUGGGAAGUCAAACCACAGAUACUCACCGAGCUUAACCUGACCGAUAUUUUAGUACGUUGCCAUUUGUUUUGCUCCGGUUCUGUUUUGGUCUUAUCACAUUUUGCAAUGUUCGAGUGCUUGUUGUUGUCUUACGAUUGUUUACGAAACCUUUCCAACGUUAACAUAGAAAAAGAAAGUCGAAGACAUAGUUUACGAAGAUGACGUUCAAGAGAAGCCUGUGGGAUCGAGUGGAGAUCAGAAAUCCAAAAAGGUUUCUAAAGCAAAGUCCCAAUCACCCGAUGCCAGCAAAACUAUUAAAGCGAAAGACGGGAAAGCCGAAGCAUCGGGAAGUGCUUCGAAGAAAAGAAAGACGAAAGAGAAAACUCAGGAACAAACUAACGCGGCAAAGAAAAAGAAAGAAAGCACAAGCGAAGGAAGGGGCAGCAUGAAAGGAGACAGUACGAAGAAUAAAGAUGCUUGUGAGGGGAUGAAGAAUCUCAUGGCCCAAUUCGUAAAGAGGUCACCAUUAAAAACAAAACCGUCAAAAACCAUUGCGAGUUCAACGAAAGAUGCAACUCCAUCUUCCUCCUCGCAAUAAACUCUGCAACAGUGAGAGAACAAACUGAUAAGCCGCGACUGCGCCUGUAGCUCGUGCAAUCCUAGCUACCAAAGCUAUCUAGUUUAUAGGUCUCGGUAGAGAACACGUUGGUUUAAGGCUUCCUGGUCACUCGUUCUACGGGUCGUGAAUAAAAUAGAAAAUCUUUCAGACG